UCCCCUCCCGUAGAUCCCUGAUCUGGGCGAGGCGGGCGGUACGGGCGGAGUCCUCGCAGAUGAGCCAGCCUUGCAGGGAAGGACUCGCCCGCUCGCCCGCCUCUUCCUCUGCACUUGGGCGGCCGACUCCGGGCGAGUCCCGCGCAGCCUUCCGCUCCCUCCCCACGCGGCUGGCCUAGCAGCCCUCCGCCAAGCCGCCGCCCGGUUGACGCUGGGUGGGUGACCCGCUCAGUGUAGUAGUGCGAAAGUGCUUCCUAUUUUCCCACACCACCACUGGCGUUUGGAAGAGGCCCAGCGUGUUUUAAGGCUUUGAGGCUGGAUCGGACCCCACUGGGAGCCAGGCAUAGGGAUCACCGAGAGGCAGGAUGAGGGCUUGGCCCUGCCUGGAUCCCCCUUCCCAAGAAAGGGCUGAGAAGAAAAAGACAAGGCAUCUGGCAUAUUUCUUGCCGAUUUCUGUUUCUAGCUUAUCUACUUCGUGGAGUUUCUGAGUAUUGCUUAGAAGCAUAUUUCAUAAACUUGCUUCAGGCUUUGAGCAAGAGGCUGUGAAUUGGAAGAAAAGGUGGGGAAAAGUGCUUGAAGGUAGAGUUAAGUGGGUUUGACAGGAUUGCUAGAGCUCGGAGUCAGUGUCAGCAAAGACGAGCGUGGUCGCACGCACUUGAUUCGGAGACAUUGGCAGCCUUUGGGGACCGAGAUCGUUCUGGAUAUUAUUUGAUACCAGUUCUUGAGGAUUGUUUCUUCUUUGGCACAAAGGGAACCUCCUCAACAAACGUUUUCGAGUGCAUACUGAGUCUCUCCUUUAAAAAAAAAUUGCUCAUUUAAUAAACAUUUGUGAUCCGUGAUUUAAGUUGAUGGAGAUGCUGGAAGUACAUAUGAAAUGACUACUUUCCUCCAGGAGCUUUCCCGCAGUUUUCACUUCAAUAACGUGGACAAGCCUGGAAGGGUUGUCCAACAGACAAAAGACAGAAAAGAUAGUGAGGUUAUUUUGAUGCUGUACUUUUUCCUGGAAAGACUGGGAAGGACUCUGGAUUACAAAAGAAGUUACUCCUUGCUUAAUCAUCUCUUCCGUACUCCAUCCUCUCCACAAGCUACCGUGAUGCAUUUUCCAGAUGAAACAACCUAUAAACAGUCCAAGACAAUAAAGCUCAACAGAACCUAACCAGAGAAAGAUUGAAGGUGAACUGCAUGCCAGCCUCAUGCUAAGCACUUUAGGGGAUACCAAAAAAGUAAAGGAAAUGGCUCACACCCUCAGGCUCCUGUGACGUUUGAUGACAUCACGGUGUAUUUGCUUCAGGAGGAGUGGAUGCUGCUGAGUCAGCAACAGAAGGAGAUCUGUGGUUCUGAUGAGCUGGUGGCACCACUGGGGCCAACUAUUGCCAACCCAGAGCUGUUCUAUAAAUUUGAGCGAGGGCCAGAGCAGUGGCUAGCCAAUGUCCAGGGCCAGAGGAGUCUCUUGAGCCUCCACCGAGGAAAAAACAAGAUGGGCUUCAUGGAAGAAAUGGACAUGCAAAGUCCUGCCAGAGAAGCUGGACUCUACCUGCCUCCUCAGAAGAAAGCCUGUCCUUCGCAUUUCAGCUCAGAGGGUGGCAGCUUCCAGGGAGACUGCACAGGAAGAAGCAGAAAACCGUUGAGACCCCGGUCCAUCCAGAAGGCAUGGUUUGCGCAGUUCCCAUGGUUGGUCAUGAAUGAGGAGCGGACGGCUCUCUUUUGCUCGGCUUGCCGGGAGUACCCAUCCGUCAGAGACAAACGGUCAAGGUUAAUAGAAGGUUACACAGGACCAUUCAAGGUGGAGACUCUCAAAUACCACGCCAAGAGCAAGGCCCAUGUGCUCUGUGUCAAGGCCUUGGCAGCUCGGGACCCCAGCUGGGCAGCCCGUUUCCGGAGCAUCCACGAUGUGUCUAGAGAGGUACUGGCCAGUCCGGGACACCUCUUCACUGCAGAUUAUCCCAUAUGUUACCCUCCAGGGCCUCAGGGGAUCUAUGAUAACAUGGUCCAGCUCCUGCCCAGCUCAGGAGCUGCACUGGAGGACCCUGGAGGGAGUGGAGCAAUUCCUGCAUUGUUCCUAGACUGCAUUCCUGAUUUCAGGCAAAAACAAAUUGCUGAUGACAUCCGCAGCUCCUCAGACGUUAACAUUUUGUGUAAUGACUCACCUGAACCCCGUGGCCAGGAUCCUUCUGAAGAGGGGCUGUUUGAGGAGGUUCCCGUGGUGUUUGAGGAUGUGGCGGUGUAUUUCACCCGGGAGGAGUGGGGCACGCUAGACAAGCAGCAGAAGGAGCUGUACAGAGACGUGAUGCGGAUGAAUUAUGAGCUGUUGGCAUCCCUGGGGCCUGCUGCUGCCAAACCAGACUUGAUCUCAAAACUGGAGCGGAGAGCUGCACCCUGGAUCAAGGACCCAAACGGGCCAAAGUGGGGGAAAGGCCGUCCUCCAGGAGGCUGCAGAGUUCUGGGCAGCAAAACCGAGCACAGUUUGACUUGCUCCAAAGGGAAGAAGACGACGGUGGCCAUUAGAGAGGCACACACACAGGCCUCGGCUGUAGAAUCUGCACUGCUCCCAGCUCAUGCCAUGGAGACGUGCACCUCCUACUGCAAUCCCAGCCUUUGUGAAGUAGAAGCAGAUGGACGGAGGAAAAUCAAGAGGACUUACAGACCCCGCUCAAUUCAGAGGUCGUGGUUUGGACAGUUCCCAUGGUUAGUAAUUGACCCCAAAGAGACCAAGCUCUUCUGCUCAGCUUGCAAAGAAAGACCUAGUCUCCACGACAAAUCAUCCCGGUUAGUCCGAGGUUACACGGGUCCUUUUAAAGUGGAGACUUUAAAGUACCAUGAAGUCAGCAAAGCACACAAGCUCUGUGUCAACACCCUGGAAGUCAAGGAAGACACCCCGCAGGCCGCCCUCGUCCCCGAGAUCUCCAGUGACCUGAUGGCCGACAUGGAGCACUUUUUCAAUGCCGCCUAUUCCAUCGCGUACCACUCGAGGCCCCUGAACGACUUUGAGAAGAUCCUGCAACUCCUCCAAAGCACUGGGACCGUGAUUUUGGGCAAGUACCGAAAUCGCACCGCCUGCACUCAGUUCAUCAAAUACAUCUCCGAGACUCUGAAGAAGGAGAUCCUUGAGGAUGUCCGGAACUCCCCAUGUGUGAGCGUGUUGCUGGACAGCGCCACAGACACCUCCGACCAGUCCUGUGUGGGCAUUUACAUCCGCUACUUUAAGGGGAUGGAGGUGAAGGAGUCUUACAUCACUCUGGCCCCACUCUACAGCGAGACGGUGGAUGGAUACUUUGAGACCAUCAUCUCUGCCCUGGACGAACUGGACAUCCCCUUCCGGAAGCCUGGCUGGGUAGUGGGCCUGGGAACCGAUGGCUCAACCAUGCUGAGCUGCAGAGGAGGUCUGGUGGAGAAGCUCCAGGAGAUCGUCCCCCAGCUGCUGCCGGUGCAUUGUGUGGCCCACCGGCUACACCUGGCCGUGGUUGACGCCUGUGGAGGCAUCGACCUGGUCAAGAAGUGUGACCGGCACAUCCGAACCGUCUUCAAGUUCUAUCAGUCCUCGAACAAAAGGCUGAAUGAGCUGCAGGAAGGCGCGGCCCCGCUGGAGCAGGAAAUCAUCCGCCUGAAGGACCUGAACGCUGUCAGGUGGGUGGCCAGCAAGAGGCGCACGCUGAGCGCGCUCAUCGUGAGCUGGCCCGCCCUGGCCAGGCACCUGCAGAGCGUGGCGGAAGCAGGUGGCCAGGUCGGGCACAGGGCCAAGGGCGUGCUGAAGCUGAUGAAGGGCUUCCAUUUCGUCAAGUUCUGCCACUUCCUCUUGGACUUCCUGAGCAUCUACAGGCCUUUAUCUGAAGUGUGCCAGAAGGAGAUCGUGCUGAUUACGGAGGUGAACUCCACGCUGGGACGGGCCUAUGUAGCACUGGAGACCCUCCGUCACCAGGCAGGACCCAAAGAGGAAGAGUUCAAUGCCGGCUUCAGGGAUGGGCAGCUCCACGGCAUCUUCUUGGACAGAAUGGAGAUGGCAGAACAGCGGUUCCAGGCGGACAGGGAGAGAAUGAUCCUGACUGGGAUUGAAUACCUCCAGCAAAGGUUUGACGUGGACCGUCCCCCUCAGCUCAAGAACAUGGAGGUGUUUGACGCCAUGGCCUGGCCAAGUGGGAUGGAACUGGCCGGUUUUGGGAAUGAUGAUAUUCUUGCCCUGGCCAGAUAUUUUGAACUCUCACUGCCCCCAGGAUACAGUGAGGAAGCACUGCUGGAGGAGUGGCUGGGCCUGAAAGCCGUCGCCAAGAACUUGCCAUUCUCCAUGCUGUGCAGGAACGCCCUGGCCCAGGACUGCCACUUCCCCUUGCUCAGCAGGCUCGUGGCAGUGGUGGCCUGUGUGCCCGUCUCCGCCUCCUGCUGUGAGCGCGGAUUCAGUGCCAUGAACCGGAUCAGGACCGAUGAGAGGACCAAGCUCUCCAGCGAGGUGACCAACAUGCUCAUGAUGACAGCGGUGAACGGUGUGGCGGUCACAGAGUACAACCCCCAGCCCGCCAUCCAGCACUGGUACCUGACCUCCUCGGGUCGGCGUUUCAGCCACGUCUACACCUGUGCCCAAGUGCCACCCCGCUCCCACACAAGGGCGGGGCUCAGGAAGGAGAAGAUGGGAGCGCUCCGUGUGGAGGAGGCCGUGACCCAGAAGCCGCCCAUCCCGCCCUACAGGGAACCCAUGGAGGUCCUGACGGACUGCGUCCUAGAGCCGCAUCACGGACUCCUGUGUCCCCACCCCAGCCAAGAGGCCCUGGGCUGUCCUGAUAAAGCGCUCCUGUAAGAGCAGGACCCUGAGGGGUUGCCUUGGAGCCCCCUGCUGCCCUGGCCCUCGUGAUCAUGGUGACAGGCCCUGGGAUUCUAGGCUGCCCUAGAGUCUUCACUUGGUGGGGACUCCCUAAGCACUGGGAAGCGGCAGUGACAAGAUAAUUCAGCCCACAUCCCAGGGAGGCAGGGGGUCAGGAGGCGCACAGCCUGCUCACCGAGGCCCCGCCUAGGCUGGGCGCGACCUCCAGCACUUGAGUAUGCAGGAGGGUUCGCGUCUCAAGCUCAUUUUAAAGGUGCUUCAGGAGACAAUUCCAUCAUGAAAGAUUUCACCCCAUGUUUUGGUGGCAGGAGGACUUUUCUGAAGUGGGAGAGACGGUUGGGGGUAGGGGGCUUAAAGGAGCCCUCCAGCCCCUGGGUAGCUGGGGAGCAUCCCAGCGGGCUGCCCACAGCCUGAGUGGCGUGGGGUAGACACGUGGUGAGGGGCCUGGGAUGAGCAGGUCUAGGGACAGCGGCCUGGCUCUGGGAUCUAUCCCCCUGACUCCAUGGCAGAAGCAGGGAAGCCUCAACUUCAAAUGGGAGACUCGCAUCAGAGACUUUCCCUGUGUCCUCCCAGGGCCUUCCUUUAGGAUGAGGCAAGCAGAACCCCUUGGCACAGAGCAAUCAAGAAAGGUUAUCCUCCUGCAGCUCCCAGACAGGGGAGGAGUGUUUCCCUGGAGGGGGCCUGGCGUUUUCCACCAGUCGCAGCCCUUGUGUUGUGCUGAGCCCGGGUCUUCUACGGAGCAGAGCGGACAGGACAGGUUUGCACUGGGGGGGCUUGGGCCCCCGUCCCAACUCUGCUGCAGGCAGUAGAGAAGCCAAGUGCCUGCUGGUGCCCCAGCUGCCACAGGACCGAUGGAUGACAGCGUCUCCAGCUCUGAAAGACGGCCCUCAGGCUGCAGAGUGGACUUGGCUGCCUUCAGCCCUUGUCCUUGUCCCUUGCCACCCAAGUCCUUAUUACGGGAAGAGGUGCUCUCUCAACAUGCCCUCAGCAUAAUGGUCUAGUCCACUCUUCCCAAAGUUGCUCUGGGGACCAGCUUGGGAAUCACUAGGGGUGUCUGUUUAAAUCUGUUUCACCCCAGACCCACCUGAUCAGACCCCCGGGACUGUUUCCAGCAAGGCCCCCCAGGAACUUCAUGGGCUCACUCAAGCAUGGGAACCACCACCCUGGCGGCACAGAAGGGUGUCCCACGCUAUUUGGUUCCCGUCGCGCUCCCCCCAUCAGCCCAUCUCCUCUUGCACCCUGAAGUAAAGCACUUUUCCUUGCAGGGCGGCUGCUUUGGGCAGGUUCCGAGGCUGCUCAUCCGCCUGAGGAUGAUGUAGUCUGGGUCCCGCCUCCCCAACCACAGCUGGGAAACGAGGGGAGGUUACAGGGAAGGGCUUCUUUGCCGCUGCCUUUCUCCUGUUUUAGGCGGGCAGGAAGUAGUGCUCCGUCCUGGCCAUGCUGCCUGGCCCUAGGUGGGGUCCCUGCUCUGUGACGCAGGUCCAAGUGGCCUGGCCCUCAAGCAGCCAUCUGUCCACUUCCCACUCCUAGAAGGUGCCGAGAGCCCCUGAGAUGCUGGUAGCAAGUGUCUCACUGUCUGGCAGAACCCCUGGUUCCCAGUGUCUCUGACUCUCCCUUCCCAGCACCCCACCCUUAGCACUUAGCCUUAGCGCCAUCGCUUUCCUGUUUUCUUCAGCUUCGAGCCAGGAAUUCCGUUUUUGCUUUCUGCCGUUUCACCUGUGGCACUGUCUCCCUGACAGCCCCGUGUUCUGGGGGCUGAGGUGUACCACGGGCCCUUAGAGCUUGAACCCUGGUGGUGUUACUGUCCACAUGGCCAAGAUGGAGCCCAGGCCUCCCUCCCCCAUUCGCAUAGGUCACCGUGGGGAGUUCAGGAAUCUGCACUAGGCCAGGCACCGCGGGUAUGAGUUGGUGGGAUGGAAGGGAGGAGGGCCCGUUAAAGUGGGCCCCCCCACCCUAUCCAUAGCGAUUCAGAUUGAGGUGACUUUCUCGUAGGCAUCCUCCCCAUGGCACCUUCUAUCCUUUAAGAAUCCUCAGAGCAAGAGGCUAGUCCUGCGAGCAGCGCCGCGCCUGAGUGCCACACGCACGAUUCCCUGUGCGAGUCUAGUCGUGGAGGUGGAGGCCAGCUAGGGAUGCCCCUGCCUCUCCACGUCUGUGCUCUGAGGAAGCCUCCGAUGCCAGCUCGUGAGAAACUUGGGCCCCUUGGCGGGGGGGGGGCGACUGAAAAUGCUAUUUGUCACAGGGAUUUGCACUACCCACUUUCUCGAGGGGCACAGGCAUGCCCUGGGUCCCCUCUGUUCGCUAAUGGCAGAGAGGACACUGACCAUUUUGUACAGGACCCCAGGCUGAAGAUUGGUGAGACCCCUUGCUCAAGCUGACAUCUCGUUUUGUUUCAAGAGACUUGCAGCGUUUCAGACCCCAGGGCCUGGAGACCCUGUUGUUGGAGAGCCUUCCUAUUUUUGCCUCACAAAAAAACAAGCUGAAGGGCAUUGGGGAUGGAAGGAGCAAGCUCUCUCUGCCUUUGGCCAGAGUCCUAGCCAUGCCUCCACCCUCGUUCCCUACCUGUGGUCUCCAUAGACAUGCCCACAGGGCUGACAUUCUGAGUGACCAGCAUUUUAACUGACAGUUUGAGUUCAAUAGCCAUAGAGACCAGGUGGGAAGGAGGGGUCCCGACCCCCUGUUCUAGCCAGACACGUUGGAGUGUAAUCUACUCCAGACACUUUGCUUCCCUCGAAGCGCAGGUUCAGUUCCUAGGGUGCUAAGUAUUUAGCAGGACAGUGUGAAGAUGGGCCGUUUCCCUCAUCCAAGUGGCUGACGAGGUCACCCCAGGUAAUUGGCCAAGGGAUGUUCUCUCCUCCUCUGGUUUCAAAGAUGUGCAAAACAUGGUUUAAAAAACCAUGUCUGGGUCUUCCCUGGUGGCGCAGUGGUUGAGAGUCCGCCUGUCGAUGCAGGGGACGCGGGUUCGUGCCCCGGUCCGGGAAGAUCCCACAUGCGGCGGAGCU